AUGUCAACCCUAUCUUCAAUUUCAAAGAAUCAUUCUAAAAAAGUAAACAGCAUUCGGGAGCGUGAUAAAAACAAAUCAACAGCCUCCGAAUCUGGUGGAUCAAGUCAAUGUGAUACUCCACCGUUAAUAGAAAAGGAUGGAUCUACAUCACAGGGUAAAUUUGCUGGUAUUGGGCCUGAUUCAGUACAUUGUAUGGCUGACCAAAUAGCUGUGGAGCUUCAUACUGAGGCUGCAACAAAUCUAGCUGAAGAUGUUAGCUAUAAGCUACGGCAAGCCAUAAGUGCUUUAGCAUUACACAGUGAAAUGAUGAAGAAAACUUCUGUAGACAGUUGGGAUGUAAACACAUUAUUAAUGUUAUCUGAUACAAGUCCUAUUGUUGGAACAAGUGCUACCCAAUAUGUUACUUUUGGUGAUGACAAAUUGUGUUGUGAAGCUGAAAGUAUAGUAAAUGUCACAGAGCAAGCAUUGACAACUCAAAGUUAUGCGUUCGCAACGGUGCCUUCAAUGUCAGUAGAAUGGGUAACAGAUGACAAAAAUUUAAACACCAACAGUCAAAUUAGUACUAGUCUCCAAAACUAUUAUACAAAGGUCGCAAGAGCAAUAUUAAACCUCAAAAAGAAGCCAAAACAAUUAGCUGUUGAGGAUCUCACAACGAAUACACGAAUAGGACCGAUAUUUCCAAAUCUAUUUAAUUUAGCAGUUUUAGUAUUGAAUGAUGAUAAUUUAAAUGCACUGAAUGUUCCGGCCAAGAAACCCUUACAAUCAAAUGUCUUAGAUAUGGUUGAUGCUCUGUGCUCAAAUCCGUGCAGUUUGGAUACUAAUAUUCAACAACAGUUUCAGAGAUUAUUUCCAGUGAUGGUCUCAAAUAUAUUAGGAAAUGGAUCGUUGGCUGAGAAGAUGGUUGCUAUAUUAACUAAAAUCACAAGGACCUGGCCUUCAUUUAUCACAAUAGGCAAAGGAAUCCUAUUCGACUAUUUAUCUCAAGGCACAAAGGAGCGUUUAACAGCGCCAAUGAUAAGAUGUAUAAUGGCGCUCGGUCGUGACGCGCUAAUACGUUGUUUGGGUGACCAUUUAGAUCACAUAGACAAUGCUGCGCACGUGCCAAGAAGGAACCAUAGACACGGUGAUCUACGGGAAACUAUGCUUGAUGUUUGCACAUGUUUACUCCGAUCUGAACCAACUACUUAUCUCGAAGACUUUGUGAUGACAGACUAUACUAUGUACGAAAUUCUAGGCGAUUCUAUAAUGCCCAGGCGAACGAUAUUUCCUUAUACAGAAAAACCCAAAGAUGAAACUGAAAAAUCUGAGAAAACGUGUGACGAUGAUUUUUAUCCGCCUCUGAGGACCACCUUACGUCGACCGAAAGUGAAAUUAUUACCUCAACACGCAAAAAGAAAACAUGUCAAACCGUGCGAGAUCUUCGAAAUAACACAUUUGAAACGAAAAAUCCAUAUAAAAAUUAAAAAUUGUCGGUCAAAAGAUAUAAAGAAGGAAACUAAACUUUACAGUAGUAGAUCUCACAUGAAAGGUGUAAUUGUUGCUAGUGGAUUGUUAAAUAGAUUUAAAUAUAAAUUAAGGAAAACGAAUAUAUUGCCUAUUUUUGGAGCUUUAACAUUGUAA